UUAACAGGCGCGAGCGACUGCUCUGCUGCGUGUGCUUUGGUGUUGGGAAGACUCUACUUUGAGGCGAAACGUGGCCGCUGCGCGCCACAGGUGUCGUGGGAAGCGCACCUGGCAGCGCGCGCUUCGGCUGCAGUUGUCACAGCCUCGGUCCGCACGCUCAGGGCGCGUGCUGGGGAACUCGAGCCGCCUGUCCCGCAGCGACUUCGAGAGCAAAGUUUGAGACCUGCUGGGAACCUCCUGCUCUGACUCGUCUUCUGAAGCAGCGUCUGACGGCCUCAGGCGGGAAGUUACGAGAAAUGAAGACGUGCGUCCUGGUUGUGGCAGCGUUGCUGCUUCACAGCAUAAAAGCAGCGUGUCCAGAUCGAGAGGAAGGGCUGCAGCCGUGGACGCCCGGACACAAUGAACAGCACCGUGUUACUAUAGGCUACGGGAGGAAGGUGCUGCUGACGAGCUCGGCUACGGUGCACUCCAUCCACAUCCUCCACGGAGGAAAGCUGGUGAUUGCUGACACUAAGUGGCCGAUUCUGCUGCGAACCAAACACAUUCUGAUCGGGAACAGAGGAGAGCUGCACAUUGGGAGCCCAGACUGUCGUUACAAAGGCAACGUCACCAUCUCGCUGUUUGGCAGGUUGGAUGAUAAUGACGAGGAGCACAGCUACUUUGGGAGGAAGUACAUUGGUGUGGGAACUGGAGGAACCCUGGAGAUCCACGGGCAGAACAAGCUGUCGUGGACCUUCCUCAACAAGACCCUUCACCCCAGAGAGAGCCAACAAAACAAGUACCUGUUCCAGAGGAGCUGGGGCAACCGAGGCAUCAUUAUCCACAUCAUCGACCCCCAGACGGCAGCGGUGCUGCACACUGACAGGUUUGACACAUACCGUAGUAAAGAUGAGAGCCGGCGCCUCACCAGAUAUGUCGACGCCGUGGAAACGGGCUCCGUACUGGCCCUGGUGGUCAACGACGAGGGCUCCAACAACCUGGAGGAGUCGGCCAAGAAGGCGCUGUCCCGGCUGGGCAGCCGGGCCAUCGGCAGUCUGGGAUUUCGGCAUCCCUGGACGUUCAUAGUGACCAAAGGUGACCCUGCGUCUGCUGUGGAGGAUCAUGCUGUCUAUCAAGGUACCAAGGCAUCGUCAGAGGCUCAGAGCGCUGGAGUUUUCCUGUCAAGCUAUGGUGAGCGGUUCACCGUCACGGCCCACAGCCAGUGGGUUCAAGAGGCAGAGUGGACAGAAUGGUUUGACCGGGAUGAUGAGAGAGGAUCUGGAGACUGGGAGAAACUGUCGGACCUGCACGAGGCCUAUCCAGAGCGACUGUGCAGCAGCCCCCUGGACAUGCAGGCUGAAACUCUUGACGGCAAACAGUCCAAUGAGACGGGAGACGUGAUCUACAAGAACGACAAGAGCUAUGGCUUUGUCUGUCUCAACAAAGACCAGUUUCAUGGCCUGUGUCACAACUACAGGGUUCGAUUCCUCUGUGGGAAACUGGUCCGUCCACAGGCCUCCGUGUCCAUCGACGUCCUGUCCGACAGCAGCGUCCUGGAGCUGGCUGAGCACCCGGAGGGCUGGGCUCACGGGGACCGGGUGGUGGUGGCCAGCACCGACUACUCCAUGCACCAGGCUGAAGAGUUCACCCUGCUGCCCUGCCCUACCUGUGCCUCCAACCAGGUCAGGGUCCAAGGGAAGGCCCAGUUCAUCCACAUGGGUGAGGAGGUGGACGGUGUGGAUGUCAGGGCGGAGGUGGGCCUGCUGACUCGUAACAUCCUGCUGCGUGGUGAGAUGGAGCCCGGUUGCUACGGCAACGAGGCCUGCAAAUUCUUCAGCUUCGACACAUUCGGUGGACACGUGAAGAUGGAACGCGGCUUCAGGGCAGUUCACAUGUCUGGGGUGGAGCUGCAGCACAUGGGGCAGCAGACGCUGGGACACUAUCCAGUCCACUUCCACAUGAAUGGCGACGUAGACGAGAGAGGAGGCUACGACCCCCCCACCUCUGUCACCAGCCUGUCUAUCCACCACUCCUUCUCCCGCUGCGUGACCAUCCACGCGUCCAACGGGCUGCUGGUGAAGGAUGUAGUCGGCUACGACGCCCUGGGACACUGUUUCUUCACAGAGGAUGGUCCAGAGGAGAGGAACACGUUUGACCACUGCCUGGGGCUGAUGGUGCGAGCUGGGACCCUGCUGCCGUCGGACAGAGACGGGAAGAUGUGCCGUAACAUCACUGAGGGAGCGUAUCCUGGAUACGUGGCCAACCCUCGCCAGGACUGCAGUGCUACCUCCACUUUCUGGAUCGCCAACCCUAAUAACAACCUCAUCAACUGCGCCGCUGCAGGCUCGGAGGAAACCGGCUUCUGGUUCAUCUUCCACCACGUUCCCACCGGCCCUUCGGAGGGUUUGUAUUUGCCGGGACACACGGAGCACACGCCUCUGGGCCACUUCACCAACAACAGGGCCCAUUCCAACUACAGGGCUGGAAUGAUCCUGGAUAAUGGCGUGAAAACCACCCAGGCCAACGACAGGGACAAGAGACCCUUCCUGUCUCUGAUCGGAGCCAGGUACGGCCCACACCAGGACGCUGACCCCUUCAAGCCCAGAGUCCCUGCUCGCAUUCACCACUUGGUGGCCUAUAAGAACCAGGACCACGGCGCCUGGCUGAGAGGAGGGGAUGUGUGGCUGGAUGACUGCCAAUUUGCUGAUAACGGCAUUGGCCUCACCCUGGCGAGCGGAGGGACAUUUCCAGAUGAUGACGGUUCUCAUCAGCAGGUGAAGAAUUCGCUGUUCGUGGGUGAAAGUGCCAAUCGUGGGAUGCCCUUCCCUGACAACCAGGUCUGGGGCCUCGGAGGUUCGGACCUGACGGGCAGGAGUCUGCCACGAGCCGUGGACUUUCCCAUGCGGGGGAUGCAGAUCUACGACGGACCCAUCAACGUCCAGAACUGCACGUUUCGUAAAUACGCGGCGUUGGAUGGACGACACACCAGCGCCUUUGGGUUCAGGCUCAACAACUCGUGGCAGAGCUGCCCACACAACAAUGUGACGGGCAUCACGUUUGACGACGUCCCCAUCACGUCGCGGGUGUUUUUUGGGGAGCCAGGAUCCUGGUUCAAUAACAUGCAGAUGGAUGGAGACAAGACGACCGUGUUCCACGACGUGGACGGCUCGGUAAGCGAGUACCCCGGGGCCUUCCUGGUCAAAGAGGACAACUGGCUGCUCCGCCACCCGGACUGCAUCGACGUGCCCGACUGGAAGGCGGCGAUCUGCAGCGGGCGCUACGCACAGAUCUACGUCCAGACGCGUAAUCCUGCCAACCUGAACAUGAACAUGGUGAGGGACGAGUACCCCGAUCAGCCUCUGUUUCUGGAGGGAGCCCUGGGGAAGAGGAAACACUACCAGCAGUUCCAGCCUGUCAUCACACUGGCCAAAGGCUACACCAUCCACUGGGACCAGGUGGCACCAGCAGAGGUCACCAUCUGGCUCAUCAACUUCAGCAGACACGACUGGAUCCAAGUGGGCCUCUGCUAUCCACUGAACACCACCUUCACCGUCAUCGCAGACGUCCACAACCGUCUGACUAAACAGACCCGUAAGACCGGCGUCUUCAUGAGGACGGCCCAGAUGGACAAGGUCAGCCACUCGCACCUGAACAGAGGCUACUACUACUGGGAGGAGGACACCGGCCUGCUCUUCCUGAAGGUUCAGGCUCAUAACAACAGGGAGCAGUUUGCUUUCUGCUCCGUCAAAGGCUGUGAGCGGGUAAAGAUUACCGCCGUCAUCCCUGAAGGCAGCCCUCCCAGCGACUGCAUGGCCCGGGCCUACCCCAGACACGCCGAGCUACCUGUGGUGGACGUGCCGCUGCCCAGGAAGAUAGCCAACGCGAGGCUGCGUUCAUCAGAACAUUUCCUGGAAGUCAGACUAGAGUCAUACAGCAGCCGCUUUUUCCACAUCAAGGAGGACUUUGCCUUCACUGAGGUGAAUGGUAGGAAGCUGUACCAAGCAGAAGAUGGGCUGCAGCUAACUCUCGUUGAUGGGCUGAAUGGGAAGGUGGUGGAGAGCAAAGGCUUCAGGAACUCUAUUCUACAGGGCAUCCCUACACAGAUAGACAACUACAUCAGUGGCCUAAAGGAUGGCUCCAUUGUCCUUGUGACAUCCAAGGGACGCCUGGUUACCAGAGGGCCCUGGACCAAAGUCCUGGAGAAACUUGGGGCAGGCAAAAACGUCAAGCUGAAAGAUAAACUGGCAUUUGUGGGGUUCAAGGGCUCCUUCCACCCUGACUGGGUCCAUCUGGAGCUCGGUGCUGACCGGGCCAAGAUCCAUCAGGUCCUGCCUGUUCCUGUGGUGCACAAGUUGAAGCUAUGAGCGGCAGGUUCUGUGGGAUGACAGCCUUCUUUGACAAACUCACACGCAGACGCUGUUGCUCUGAGCUGUUGGUCCAGGAUCCAGGUUUUCUUCCAGGUUUGCAUAGUUUUGUACAAAGUGUCCGUCCACGACAUGCACCAUCAGGACGGGACUGGAACUGUGACUGUGACCCUCUAGUGACUAUGUUGGCUCUCAGCAACAGUGCCCUGUGACAGUAUCUAUAAACUAAUAAGUGAUCAUUUCUGUUUGGACAUUUUCAUGUUUACCUGCAGUAAUGUUGAUUGUCUUCUCACAUGCUCAUUGGAUUUGACAACUGUGCUGUAGUAACAAAAGAUUGAGCUCAGCUUCUUGGCUUUGUCAAGAGCCUUAACUGAUCCACCCCUGUUUUACUGACUUUGAAGCCGAAGGUCACGGAUCAAUCACCAGAGGCAGUUCCGUAAUAAUAACAGGUCCAUAAUAUAAAGUUAUGCCUGAUGAUGUGAUUCUUUGGCCUCUGACACACAUCAAAGAUGGUUUUAAGAGAAACAAGGUGACACAUUCCUAAUUUAAACUUUUGUCUAUUUUCGGGCCCCAGCAUAUAAACAAUUGCGUUUUCCCAGUGGCUCCACUGUGGCGAGGAACAUCCCAAACCCUUCGGUGAAACAGCUGGUCUUUUUUCGGAGGUUGUAGCAGUAGUUGACCGUUUUGUAUGCUGAAUGUUUUUCAAAAUUCACAGAUUAAGAGAUAUAUUUUAUAUUUAUUUAUUGUACAGAAAAGACUGAUGCAAAUCUAAAGGCACACCUUUGAGUUGUGACGGUGUAACUGUACUGGUGUGUAUAUUGUAAGAAAAACAUUACUGCUUGUACCAGACAUUCAUUCACUGCCCAUCUACUGUUUGUGCAUUUGACUCUUGGUAUAAUUGGCUUGUUUUAUUGUAAACUAAUGGAUGUUGUGUAUGUGGCUUGGGCUGGACGUAGCCAGAAUUUUGUACUAAAAUAAUAGAUGAAUUCAGUUUGUCUCCAGACAGAUGGAGCUACCUGGACAGGUAGAAGUUGUCCAGAUACCAGGACUCUUAAAGUUGGUUCAGGAAAGGACAUUAGAGACUAACUACAGGAACUGCUGCUUUAUCAAAGGACAAGAUGGCUCCAUUUCACCAUGGGGAUCCUGGAGCAGAGAUUAGAGUGCUGGACUGUAGUGGAAAGAACACACCUACAAAAAACUGAUCCACCAGCAGCUACAAGAAGAAAAUCCAACCCUACAAAGGAAGGUUUUCAUGCAGCUUGUAGAACAGGCUCCACUCUGUAAAGCUUGGCUCUUUUUCUUUGUGGGUUUGUGUGUUUAAACUGGACAAUAAACAUGUUCAUCAUCCUGA